CGGGCACCGGCCUCGCUGCUCCCGCCGCCUAGCCGGAGAAAACAAACUGCGUGGACGCGCUCUUGAAGCAUGCGACUUAAAGCACUCGCAAAGCAUUUUGAUUUGCUUUCUUCGGUAUCGGAGUUUAUCAGCAAAAGAGGUUGGUGAGAGCGUGUGAACAGCAUGUCAAAGACCCCUCCUCACAGGCGUGGGAUCACAUUUGAGGUGGGAGCGCAGCUGGAGGCUAGAGACAGCCUGAAGAACUGGUAUGCUGCUACUAUUGAGAAGAUAGAUUAUGAAGAUGAAAAGGUUCUGAUCCACUACAAACAGUGGAGUCACCGUUAUGACGAGUGGUUUGACUGGAGCAGUCUGUACCUCAGACCCGUGGAACGAAUCCAGCUGAGGAAACGAGGUCUCCCUGAAAAGCAGAAGGCUCCAGGCUUUCAUGUUAACCAGAAAGUUCUAGCCAGCUGGUCAGACUGUCGGUACUACCCUGCUAAGAUCCUGUCCCGUGACAAAGAUGGGAACUACACAGUGAAGUUCUUCGAUGGAGUCGUGAAGACAGUGAAGGGGAUUAAGGUGAAGCCUUUCCGCAAAGAGAGCUCCGAUGGCAGAUCCAAUCAGCAGGCUCGAAAGCAGGGCGAGAAAGAAUGGAAGCUCAAAGAAAACGGAAGGAGUAACGGCUCGAGACACAGCGCCUCUGACCAGGAUGGCGAGAGCGGAUCGGAGGAGGAUGAAGAAGACAGCAUGGUGAUAGAUGAGUCCAGAAACCUCCAGAAUAGUGAAGCGACUAGAAAAGCGAAAGAAUCUGAGCAGAGUUCUGCUGAUCAUAAUGAAGAACUGCCCUGUGAAGAUGUCAAGACGGAACCAUUAAACACGGAAGCGGAGAGCAAAACAGAGAACAUUGAGAACCAAGAGGAGAAGAAAGAGAUGAAUGGAGGACAAGAGGAAGAGCAGCCCAAAGCUCUUCAAAAUGGCGUUGACAAGAGUGAAGAAGAGAACAAGGAGGAAGCGGGGGAUGACAGUCCCGGUCUGCCCAGAAGAACACGGAGUAGGAUGACAGAUGGAAAAGAUGCAGAGAAGCCCAGUGGUCCAGAACUGAGGAAGAGACGUGCAUCAACAGGUCAAAUGCCACCAUCCAAAAGGAGCAGAGCCAAUUCAAGCACAGACAGAAAUAGUCGAUCCCAGAUCAAACCAACUAAGUCAGACUCCGUCCCAGAGACUUCAGAGUGUAAAGAUAGUCCAACAGCCCCUGCAGGAAAUCCAGCACCCACAGUACAACCUGGAUCUACACCUGAUCUUGCGGCGCUUAAACGUCAAGUCCAUCUCCCAACUUCAAACAAGUUCAGCAGAGAACCACUGUACAGAGUCAUCAAAAAUCAACCGCCCCCUAUUCUGUCCAUUGAGUUGGACCAUAACUCCUUCAAAUGCAAGAUUGCAGGCUGCCUGAAGUCCUUCCGCAAGGCAUCGCUGCUUCACUACCACAUGAAGUACUACCAUGCUCAGAGCGACCCGAGCCCCCCUCGCUGUGUCCAGACGCGCUCCUCAGACCAGCAGAACCAGGAGACUCCUCGCAGGCGCCGUACGGUCUCUGCUUCCCAACAUACUCCUUCCCCUUUGAGCGACAGUAAGUCAGGACACGCUCUGUCGCCCCCUGUUGUUGGCAGCAUGCACCGGCAGCGCUCGGCCACACUGGGCGCAGAGAGGAGCAAAGAGAACCAACACAUCAACCGCUCGCUGCAUGACGACAGAGACUGGGUUGCCAAGGAAACAGGAGCAAAAGAAAGACAGCGGCUGAGAGAGAAAAGGCAGAGGGAUUUCUUCCGCAUCAAGCUGAAGAAAAGGAAGAAGAAAAAGAGGUCAAAGUCAGACUCGCACAGCUCUGUGGAGAGCAUUUGCCCAAAGCCUCUCCAAUGCAAUUUGAAUUCGGCCCUCAAAUUGCCCCCCACCCUCACACAUCGAUCCUACACGGGACCCCGCCCCGAACAGACGCUCAGCCAGAGUGAGGACAGCAGCAGUGAUUUGUCGUCUGACAGUCCUGUAUGGAGUGAGGAGGAGUCUGACGCUGAGCUGGAUCUCAACAUGCCGCUCUCAGAACAAGGUGUAGAGACGCUCGCUCACAGCUCAGAGAUCGUACGCUGUAUUUGUGAAGUGCAGGAAGAGAAUGACUUUAUGAUACAGUGUGAUGAGUGUCUGUGCUGGCAGCACGGGACAUGUAUGGGACUGUAUGAAGACAGCGUGCCAGACAACUACAGCUGCUACAUCUGCAGAGACCCACCAGCUCAGAGGCAGAGCCAAAGGUUCUGGUAUGAUAAAGACUGGCUGAGCAGUGGUCACAUGUAUGGCUUGUCCUUCCUGGAGGAGAACUACUCCCACAAAAACAGCAAGAAAGUGACCGCCGCCCAUCAGCUCCUGGGGGACGUCCAUCGAGUGUUUGAGGUGGUCAACAGCCUUCAGCUCAAGAUGAGCAUCCUGCAAACACAAGCCCACCCUGACCUGAAGCUCUGGCGGCAGCCCUGGAAGCCUGCGGAUGGCUUGCGGAGAAAAGUGGCGGGAGACUCGGGCUUCACCACUCCCUUCCCUUCCUCACCUCCGGAAAUGGGAGCGAGUGAGGUUGAUGUGCUGAAGAGCGAAGUCCCGUCACCCAUGGAGACGCACUGCUCCUUCCAGGACUCAUACAUCAGCAGCGAUCACUGCUACCAGAAGCCACGAACGUACUACCCUGCAGUGGAGAGGAGACUGGUGGUGGAGACGCGGGGAGGCUCGGAGCUGGAGGACAGCCUGAGGAGCACAGAGGACCUCCUGGAGAUGGCAGAGCAGAGGUACGGCGCGUCGCUGGACCAUGAGCAGCACAAGCUCCAGCUGGCCGACCGCUCCUUUACUAAGGAACUGGAGUGUCGUAUGAAGCAACUGGUUUCCAGUGAACAGGAAAAGACCUGUGUGGUGGACGUAAAGGAGGAGGAGCCUGACCCUGUGACCCCUGAUUCCAAGCCUGAACCUGACCUGCUGCUGCGCCAGCAGUGGCAACUGAACCUGCUGGAGCACAUUGAGGCCGUGCAGGAUGAGGUGACGCACAGAAUGGACAUUAUUGAGCGAGAACUGGAUGUGUUGGAAAGCUGGCUGGACUACACUGGUGAGCUGGAACCUCCUGAUCCGCUGGCUCGUCUCCCUCAGCUGAAACAUCGCAUCAGACAACUCCUGACAGACCUGGGUACAGUGCAGCAGAUCGCACUGUGCUCCUCAUCCUCUUGAGGGCGCCAGAGAACAUGGGGAAAGACUGGCAAAUGGUUCAGACUGAACUGAUGGUGACUAUGACUGGGAUAACAUGAAGCUCAGUCCCAAGUGUGACAGAUAACUGCUGAAACGGUUGUGUCUGUCUUUUUUAUUUACCUUGCUAAGCCAUCCAAGCUGGUGUGUAUAUGAUCUGAGAGUGUCUCUUAUGUAGAGAUGUGUGUUGAAGUGAUGAGUAUGGUCACUGUUUAACAGUAGAUGCUGUUUGAAAAGACUGAGUAAGAUUAUAAACCUAUCAAUAAUGCAAACAGGUUUUUGUGGAAUAUAAAGCUUCUUUGUAGCACUUAGCUAUGUCUGUCCUAAACCUGAGGGUUAUUUUUAUGUCAUUUUCUCUAUAUUCUCAACAUGCUAAAUACUUGUUUCCUGUUUAUUCAUAACAAGUCAUAAUUGACUGUUGGAGCGUUUUUGAGAAGAGCUUACGGAGUCGGAUAGUUGCUGAAGUUCAUGAAAAAAUGUUAAAUAUGAGAAUUACAUAUAUUUUAAUCUGAAAGUACUUGCAUUUUGCUUAUAUAUUUGUACUAAAUAGUCAUGUAAUCGUGUAAAUAAUAUUACAGUUGCUCAGAUUUAUGUCAUGUUUUGAUCUAAACUAUGUGCACCUGCAUUUAUGAUCAUUUCCAAAUCUCUGAUCUGUUGUGAAUACUGUAGUACUGUACUUUAACGUCCUUUAUCGUUCUCAUUUUUGACACAAAUGUUGUUUGCUUGCAUUUCAAAUCCAUGUGCUAAGUUUUCCCCUGGUCUAUUAAAUAAGCACAGAAUGUUUCCUCUUGCAUACUGAAUUGUUGUCUGUAUAAUCUUGUUUUGUUGUCUUUUGUUUAGUUUCUUAACUUGUUCUUUUUGAUUCUGUGUUCAGUGACUUUUCUGUUCAUUCUCUACAAGAUUGAUUUUAAGACAUUAGAUGCCUUUAAGUUAUUGUAAUUGAAUUUAAGUUAUUGACUUUUGCAUCUCAUCACUUCUAUCAUCUUUCUUUGAGUUGAGUACGUGUGUGUGAUCAGCAAGAGAAAGAGAGGAGUUGCAUAGGUCUUUUCAGUGUUCACACCCUUUGGUGUUUAUUUCUGUUUUAGUUUUUGACUAUUAUUGUUAAAAAACAAAACCUGUGCCUGAACUUAAUGCACAGUUCACCCUUAGACGCGCAAACUGCAUCGAUUUCUGUGGAUUCACACUGAAGGGUAUUUGAGGGUUAUGUGCUUUGUUUUUGUAACUUUGUGUAGCAAGUUUUUCAAUAUUAUGUAUUAUAAUUUUACAUCUGACCUGUUGCUUUCCAGUCACUGAAAAUCUAGUUGUCAGAUAUAAGUAUUGUGCUCUUGUACAUUCAAUUUGUCCGUUACUAUAUUUUUACAUUGGGGUCACCUGGGAAACUAAGUUCUGAGAAAUAUUGACGCAUAAUCCAAAUGCAAGAAAAUAAACUCAAACAUUUAAAUU